AUGCCACCCAAGCGUAUAGCUAAGAGAAGGUCUCCCCCAGAAGAUGCCCUCCCCAAAAGCAAGAAGGUGAAGGUCUCCCAUAGGUCCCACGGCACAGAACCAGGUAUGGUGCUGACGCUGGGCCAGGGCGACGUGGGCCAGCUGGGGCUGGGCGAGAAUGUGAUGGAGAGGAAGAAGCCAGCCCUAGUGUCCAUUCCAGAAGACAUCGUGCAGGCUGAGGCUGGGGGCAUGCACACUGUGUGCCUAAGCAAAAGUGGCCAGGUCUACUCCUUCGGCUGCAAUGACGAGGGUGCUCUGGGAAGGGAUACGUCAGUGGAGGGCUCAGAGAUGAUCCCUGGGAAAGUGGACCUGCAAGAGAAGGUGGUACAGGUGUCAGCAGGAGACAGUCACACAGCAGCCCUCACCGAGGAUGGCCGUGUCUUCCUCUGGGGCUCCUUCCGGGACAAUAACGGUGUGAUCGGGCUCUUGGAGCCCAUGAAAAAGAGCAUGGUGCCUGUGCAGGUGCAGCUGAGUGUGCCCGUGGUGAAGGUGGCCUCAGGAAAUGACCACUUGGUGAUGCUGACAGUUGAUGGCGACCUCUAUACUUUGGGCUCCGGGGAGCAGGGCCAACUGGGCCGCGUACCUGAAUUAUUUGCCAAUCGUGGUGGCCGUCAGGGCCUUGAACGACUCCUGGUUCCCAAGUGUGUGAUGCUGAAAUCCAGGGGAAGCCGGGGCCAUGUCAGAUUCCAGGAUGCCUUCUGCGGUGCCUACUUCACCUUCGCCAUCUCCUCUGAGGGCCACGUAUAUGGCUUUGGCCUCUCCAACUACCAUCAACUUGGAACCCAAGGCACAGAAUCUUGUUUUAUACCUCAGAACCUAACAUCCUUCAAGAACUCCACCAAGUCCUGGGUGGGCUUCUCUGGGGGCCAGCACCAUACAGUCUGCAUGGAUUCAGAAGGAAAAGCAUACAGCCUGGGCCGGGCUGAGUAUGGGCGGCUGGGCCUUGGGGAAGGUGCUGAGGAGAAGAGCGUACCCACCCUCAUCUCCAGGCUGCCCACGGUCUCCUCAGUGGCUUGUGGAGCCUCUGUGGGGUAUGCUGUGACCAAGGAUGGUCGUGUUUUUGCCUGGGGCAUGGGCACCAACUACCAGCUGGGCACGGGACAGGAUGAAGAUGCCUGGAGCCCCGUGGAGAUGACAGGCAAACAGCUGGAGAACCGUGUGGUCUUAACUGUGUCCAGCGGGGGCCAGCACACAGUCUUACUAGUCAAGGACAAGGAACAGAGCUGGUGA